AUGGCCGCCGCAACAACAACAACAACAACAACAACAAAACCACCAACAAACCCAAAACCACCCAAAACAACCCCCCCAAUCACACUCCCCCACCACCCCCCCUCCCGCCGCCACCCCACACCCUGGUACCACCCCCUCACCCUCGACCUCCUCGCCGACAUCGCCAACCGCAGCCUCCUCCACCCCUUCAUCGCGUGCCUCAUCCCGCUCUGCCUGCGCGCCGUCGGCACGCCCUACGCCUGGCCGCGCUUCCAAGCGGCGUGCGCCUACGCCAUCGCCGUCACGCUGUGGACGCUCGUCGUGCACGUCGCGGGGCGGCAGCACGCGUUCGGGGCGGCGCGGGCGGUGGCGCUGGGCGAGGACGAGGUGGUGGUGGUGACGGGUGGGGCCGGGGGGCUGGGCGCGCUGGUGGCAGAGGUGUAUGGGAUGAGGGGGGUGAGUGUGGCGGUGGUGGAUGUGGUGGAUGGGGAUGGUGAGGGGGACGGGUGGGAGGAGAAGGGCGUGGCGUAUUAUAGGUGUGAUGUCGGGGCGAGGGAGGAGGUCGAGGCCGUGUAUAGGAGGAUUGUGGACGAUCUUGGAACGCCGACUGUCUUGAUCAACAACGCCGGCGUCGUGAACGGCAAGCCGCUGCUCGACCUGUCGCCGGCCGAGAUCGAGCGCAACUUCCGCGUCAACCUGCUCGCCCACUUCCACACGCUGCAGACCUUCCUCCCGGGCAUGCUCAAUGCGCGCAACGGCGGCACCGUCGUGACCGUCUCCAGCGUCCUCGGAAAGGUCGGCGCGGCUUGCUUGUCCGACUACACGGCGGCCAAGGCUGGCCUGAUUGCCAUGCACACCUCUCUGCAGGCAGAGCUCAGGCAAUCGUCCAAUCCUGGCGCGAAGAACAUCAGGACCAUCCUGGUGACUCCCGGCCAGCUGGGAACCCAAAUGUUCGGCGACCUCGCCACCCCAUCCGGCUUCCUGGCCCCGAUUGUUGAGCCUGUCCAAGUCGCGCAGGCUAUCAUCAAGAUGGUCGAUGCGGGCGAGGGAGGCGAGAUCAGUUUCCCACUCUACGCAAGAUGGAUGGAAUGGAUGAACGUCUUGCCGUCGGGACUGCAAUGGAUCAUCAGAGGGGCCAGUGGCGUCGACAGCGCCAUGCUCAGUUUCGGUGUUGACAUGAACAAAAAGAACACAUAA